AAGUAGGCGUCUGUUGUUCAUUUCUUUUCAAUGACAUCGAAAGAUACCUGUUGCAUCAUACUCCAAGACUCUAGCCUCUGUGUAUCGGAACGUAGUUUACGAGUAUUGGCAUUCGUUACCACGGAGUCUUAAGGUUUGUUUAUAUCGGUGGCCUGAUUUCAGUUUGCAACCCGGUCGCUAAUCGAUAGAAGGUUUGAAAAGAUUGCACUCUGCACAAAUUCGUUAGUUCAUUUCAUAUAGCUGAAUUUGAACACAGAUGGAGAAGGAAGCUCGAACAAAACCGAUCUCUAUCGUACCUAAAAAUGUUUUUGGACUUCGGACCGACAUUCUUGGCAAUGUGCAUUUCACUGUUAAGCAAGAAAUCAUCUAUCCGGUGGCAGGAGUUCUAGCUAUUCAUGAUUAUGCGACAAACAAGCAAAAAUUUCUAAGAUUUCCCGAGAAUUACCAUCCAGAACGAAUCGUUAUUAGCCCUGAUCGGAAGUUCGUUGCAGUUUCGGAGAAAAGCGCUGAGAACAAAUCUCUGGUUAACAUUUACGAAAUUGCUACACUAAAGAAACGCAAAACUCUGCAGCUGCCCGUCGACUGUCCAAACACCCAAAUCGGCAACAUUUGCUUUACGUUCGACUCGCGUGGAAUUGCGGUCCUGUCCGUCGAACCGGACGCAUUCCUCUCGAUCUUCUCAUUCGACAAAAACGAGUCGCUCAUCAUUGGACGAGCGUCGAACUCCAGUCAGCGAGGACAGGCCAACUAUUUAUCAUGCAAUCCAAGCGAUGCGACGAUCGUCGCCGUCGGUGGAUUCUACAUGUUGAAGAUCAUGAACAAAACGGACAAAGGUUUCGGUCAAAUAGGCAGUGUCAAGGGGGAUAACUUACUGGUCACAUCGAUUGCUUGGCUAACAUCGGAUUCGCUGGCCGCAGGAACGGCCGAAACUGAAUUAAUCAUAGUCGAAUCAGGAGAACUAAAAUUGAAAUUAAGAGCAGACGAUGUGGAAAAGAUCGACUUGUCAGCAGACGUGGAAGGCGAUCCGACUUCUCCGCUGGAUAAUGCGACCGGAACGAAAAACGAUAACCACGAUGUUUUAUGUCUAACGCAGUUCGAACAAGGUUUUCUUUACUCAAUACACAACUCGGUUCACGUGUUUGAGAAAUCCUCAAACUAUGCGUUUAUGAAAAAGUCGAUCAUACGAAUACCGAUAACACUGUACGACGAAGAAUUGUACAAGAUCAUGAAUGUAGCAGUUAACGCUGAACAGGAUACAAUCGUCGUUGCCACAAAACAUUCUCAGAUCUACAUCGGAAUGCUUUUUGUGCCGGAAACACUGGAUGUUAGUGAGCUGGUAUUUCGUCAUUUGGGUGAACCUUUGCAUGUUAGCGGAAUCGUCGGAUUGUCGGUGUGUUCCUGGAAGCCCAUCAUCAUGACAGCAUCAAACGAUCUCACUAUUCGAUUAUGGAACUAUCAGUCCAUGAAAAUCGAGUUGGUUAAAAAAUACCAAAUAGAAAUAGGAGUAAUUGCGCUUCAUCCUUCGGGACUCUUCGCUGCUGUAGGUUUCAUCGACCUUCUGCGGUUUAUGCAAAUCCAACUGGAUGAUUUGAAGGUCACCAAAACAUUUAAUUUCCCGAGUUGCAGCCAGUUAAAAUUCUCUAACCAAGGUCACUUGUUGGCAGCUGCACACGGAAAGACCAUUAGUUUGAUCUGCAUCUUUACAUUCGACGUAAUUCAAACGCUCAAAGGUCACAACGGGAAGAUACUUAGUUUGUCUUGGUCCAUGAACGAUGCGAUUCUGGCUUCCGGAGGAAGCGACGGAGCCAUCUAUAAGUGGAACGUGGCUACCGGAGAUCGCAUUGAAGAAAUUGUUCAAAAAGGAAUCCAUUACAGGUCCCUAGCCUUGACGGGUGACGCAAACUCCGUCUACGCGAUUACAAACACCGGUCUAAUUCGAGAAAUGUUUAAAUCUGAUAUCUAUCGCGAGUUCAAAAUCCCCGAGCUAACUCCGCUGACGGACAUUGCAAUGUCGCGAUCAGAUGCCAUCAUGUUCGUAGGAACCGAGAAAGGUCAUCUAUACUACGUGGAUAGCAGUAAUGGAAACUGUAACAACUUUCGAUUUUUCAAUACGACGAUCACAAAAAUCUGCAUAACGUACAAUGACAGUACAUUGGUAACUGCCGCUUCAGAUGGUACCUUAAUUAUUUGGACAAUCCUGAACAUCGAGGGCAAAACAGCUGCGCAUGCACGUGAAUUAGGACUUUGCACAGAUAUUCUCAUUUCUAGACAAGAUCUGGUCGAUAAGAACGAUGCGAUAACAAAACUGGAAAUGAGAAUUCAGCAGCAGAUCAUGGAGUUCCAGUACAAGAUGCAACAAGGAGACGCGUUUCAUUCGGAACAGAUGCGUGACAUACACCGCGACUAUUGUACAGCAAUUGAGGAGUUGAAGAAAAAGAACGAAGAAAUGGAAUAUGCUCAUCUUGAGGAAUGUAAUCUGAUGACCGCUAGUAUCGCACAGGCCAAGGAAGAUCAUCAGAAGGAAAUGAUGGAAUUCGAAGCUCAAUUCCACGAAAAGAUCAUUAUGGAAUACGACAAAUUGUCCAACCUGAAGCAGCAUAUGGACCAGAUGCGAGAAGACUACGAGGUUAAGCUACGUCGAUCAGCUGGUUGUUUACAGGACACAAUCGAAUCUUUGGAAGCGGAGCAGAAAAAGAAACUAAACGAGAAGCAAGAAAUAGUGAACAGUCUGCUGAAGGAGUUAGAUCGUAAAAAACGGGAAUUCGAAGAGUACUGUAAGCAAGUCGAUGUUGAUAACGAUCGUAAAAAAGUUGAGUUACAGUUGGAAUACGAGAAAAAAUUAGAAGAGGAAGAGGAAAGCUGUAUGAAAUGGAGAGGCGAAGCUGGAGUACUUAAGAAAAAGUUUUCCACGUUAAGUCGUGAAGCAGAAAACCAUCGUAAAGAAAUUGAAACGUUACAGUACCAGCAUGGACGAUUCCAGCAAGCAAUUAAACAACACCAAAAGGAUAUCGAGGAAUUAAAACGAGAAGUAAUAGAUCGAGAAGCAGUGAUUAGAGACAGAGAGAGAAAAUUGCAUGAAUUGAGCAAGAAGAACGGUGAACUGGAAAAGUACAAACAAGUUCAAACGCAUAAGAUUAAUGAGCUCAAGAGUCAGAUCGAACCCAAAGACAGAGAGAUAAAAGAUAAGAAAGAAGUUAUCGGUGAGAUGGAGAAAAAACUAGAGGAACUGCAGCAAGGAAACAAGCGACUUGCCCUGCAACUACAAGAGCUUCGCGAUAAGUACUAUGGAGCCGAUCUAGAGUUGAGAAAAGAAAGACAUCUAUCCCGCAGUGCAAAGAACCAGUUUCAGCAAGUAUGUCGGGAAAUCUACAACGUCUCCGGACUGAUACAGAAACCAGACGAAUUGAAAAGAGGUAUUACGGACAUGUGCCACCGCUACUCGGAUGACAAGGAACUGCAGAAAUCACUCGCUCUAGACGAAGAUGUCCAAAAUGAGUUCCUUCGGCAGAGGGAACAUCUGGAGAAGAUAAUGAAAAGUGCCAAAUCGAAGUGCAAUAGCAAGAAAGACACUGGCGAAGGUAUGAGACUGAUGAAGGAAAACAUGGAGCUCCUAGCCGAGUUGAACAAAUUACGGGAACUGUUGAACGAGAAGCAGCGCGCGUGUACCAGAAUGGAGGCUCUUUUGGGACUAUCCAGUAAAACAGUUUCCCCAAGAGAAGCAAAACUGAAAUUGGAAAAAGCUGUUGCCGAUAAAGAUGAAUUGGAAAAUCAUCACCAAGAACAGAUUGCGAAACUACAGGACCUUAUUAAAUCAUUAUCUAAUGAGAACCAAAACUUACGAUCAGAAAUUGUCACAUUGAACAAAAGAAAUAACGCAAGGAAAACCGAUUGAGUGCUGACCAACUAGUUAAUUUUAGCUUAGUUAAAAACAAAAAUAAACUUUAAAAUUUCAAAAUAAUAAAUGAA